AUUAACGGAUUCAAAUAAAUAAUAACAAAUGAGUAACAAACAAUCUUUGUUAGAAAAUUUUCAAUACAACGGAAUGAAUUCUUGGAAAACCGUCCAUGUGUUGAAAUAGUUAUUUUUAUUGAAACAGCAAUUCAAUUGCAAUGUCUGACAACGAUUCAACGCUUUUUACCGAUGAAGAGAUAUAUAAAGAACUCCAUGAACUUGGCAUCCAUGAUGUCUCAAAAGAGACAUUUGAAAAGAUGAAACAAGACCUGAUAGAUAUGGUGGUGUCUAGCGAAAUAUCUGGCUCACACGAGGAAAUAAAAAAUUAUACAACUCCCGAAACAGACAGUAUAUCUUUAAACUCGUUGAAACGAAGUUUAUUUCACGAUCCUUCACCAAAUGAGAAUUCAUUUUCAAAUAGUAGUUAUGUUGCAGAUUUGCAGAGCAAAGCAAUUGCUAAUAAAAAUAUUAGGCAUACUUUAAAAUCUUCAAAGAUAUAUAGUAGUUCUACCGAUGUUAGUAUAUCUACUAAUGACUUACCAUUAAGGACUCGUAAUUUGCCUAAUAUAUACGAAAAUUAUGAGACUUAUCAUACAGUCUCUGAAAAUAAGAGUAGGGAGCAGUUUUCUAGUGAGGAAGAUAGAGUUAGAAUGGGCUAUAAGUUUUUGCCAAGUGGAGAGGAAAUCAGCUGUAAGUCCCUGCCUCAAUUAGGUGGCAUUUCUCAAACUAAUAAAAGUUUGCAUACAAGGUCACCUAUUUCUAAACCUAAGAAUGAAAGGCUUCCCGAAGUUCAAAAAUCUUUAGAAAUAUCGAGUGAGAUGGAUAGUUUACAGAUUGAUGAUUCGCCAAAGAUGGAAUCUAUUUUAGGUGACUAUAGAAAACGAUUGAUCAAUUACAAAUUAGGAAAUCGAUUGAGACAAAAAAUUAUCAAAACUGCAGAAAGUGAUUCUGAUCAUGAUGCUUUAUCCAAGAACGAGACAUCUCUAAAUUCUACUGUUGUUGAUGGUAAAUUGAAACGAAAAAUCCUUAGAUACAAAGAUGGAAAACCAGUUGUUACAGAAGAGCUUGUUGACAUUCCCAGUAUUUUUAGCAGCUGUUAUCCUAGUUCCUUGAGCACCACAAAUUCAUACAGUGAUUUGUCAUUUAAAUCAAAUAGUUCUUCAGGCAGUAUAGUCGCUGUUAGUCCUGAAUCCACUCCCCGUUCUACAUUGUCAAAUACAUCAAAAACGCAUGCACUUAAGCCACCACGUAAAAAGAAAAGUGAUCCAGUUGCUAUGUACAAUUAUUACAAAAAAUUCUGGGAUAAUUUUAAACCUCCCGGAGAAAAGUCUCAUCAGAAACUAAGAUGGGCCGUAAGAGAUAAAAUGUUGGAGUAUUCUUGAUGAAAAGAUGAUUAUUUAUUUUAUGAUGUCGAAUUAUUAAAUUAGCAAUAUUAAACUGCAAAAGUUCAUGGAAAUGAGUUAUCUUGCUAACAAAAAAAGUUACUUUUUUUGCUUUAUAAAAUUACAAAAAUCCUACCUGGAUUUUAUUAAGGAACCAGUUAAAAUGUUAUGUUUUUUCUUCUCAAUAAAAAGUGAAUUAAUAAUGCUGAUUAUGAUAAGAGAUUAAAUUAUGUUGAUUAUUUUGAUCUCUCUAUAUUUUUUAAUUUUUUUAUCUAAGACAUUUUGUGCAAAGAAAAGAUAUGCAGUUAAAAUUAUUACAAGGAUAUUUUGCUUAUUUUAAGUUCUUCCUGAAUAAAAGUUUUAUCAAAAGUUAAUGUCGGCUAUGGAUUUUGAAUUAUUCUUCGUUCUAAAUUAUUUUAUAUUGAUUUAAUUGCAAUGCAAUACUUAUUUCAACAAAAAAAAUUUAUGUAUUUAAGCCAACUUAUUAUUAUUAUAUUUUGUCUUAUUAUUACAUAAUAAAAUAUCUUAUUAUUAUAUAAUAAAAUAUCUUAUUAUUAAAUAAUAAAAAAACUGUGUAAUAGUUUUAAGUUUCCUAAAGAAAAAUCUCAUUGCAAAUUAGACUUUGUGCAAUAUAACAUUGUAUUAUACUUUCCAUUCAUUUCCAUUGUAUUAUUCUAUUCAAUCUUCUACAUGUUGUAUUAUUCUUUCUGUAUAAAAUAAAUUAUAGAUUCAAUGAUAAGAUUAUGUCUAUCUCAAGAAAAAAGUGGUCCAGAAUAAUUUAAGCUUGUUAGAAAAAAGUUUCAAAUUGAGAUUAAGCACAAAAAGUGUAAAUUUUUUUUUCUUCAUAAAUAUUCUUAAAAAUAAAUUAUUUUGUGUUCAUUUAAUUAUUUGAUUAUAAUUUAUCUCGUAAAUUUUAAUUACCAAGUUAUUAUUUCUAAAGACAAUUUAUCAUUUACAGUUAUGAUGAUACUUGCAGACUUGAAUUGCAGUUUUAAAAAAAUUUUGCUAGUAACUCUUGGUAUCAUUUAUACUUAUUAGAAUUGUUAUUGACUUUUAGAAAUUUAAAUUAUUUUUUAUAUAAAUUAAAAAUUGGCUUUAUUACAGAUAUUUUACACUGUUGUAUGUAUAUAGUGCCUAGUUUUUAAGUUUCAAAAAUCUUUUAAACUAAUAAAAAUAUUGGUAAAUAUAAAUGACUUCAAGAGUAAUUUUAGCAAAAAUUAUUAGAUCUGCUUGAUUUUUUUUUUUUAAUUGUGUUAUGUGCUUUUAAAGUUUGAAAAUUUUACAUUCAUAAGUGGUGAAAUGGCUCUUUAGCUAAUAAUUAAUUUGUGUAAUGACUAAAAAGAAACUCCAAUACUUUCAUACUCUCUGUAUAUCCCUCUAUUUCACGCCCACGUAUAAGUAGCAAAAUUUGUACAACCAGCGAUUUCUGUAGUGAUGCAUUUUUUUUUUCAUUCAUGGUUUUAUUUUGGCAUUUCUGUGAUGUUUAAUUGUUUAUUCACAUCUAAGUUUACCAAUGGCAUUAGGUGUCCAUAUUUCUGCGUAAUGUGCAAGCAUGUUUUGCAGCAUUUUGCAUGUUCUAUUCAGAGCUUAACGACGUCUGGCUGGAAGCAUUUUAUGAGUGAUAUAACCUAUAUUUCUGACAAUAUUUCUUACACUGAUAGCAAUUCUAACUGUUUCAAGUAGAACUUCCAACCUUUUUCAACUCUCUAAUUCAGAUUGCAUUAUAAGGAUGUUUGUUCUCUCUCUUGAUUUCAGUGACUGUAGUUGUUAUUAAGAGUUUUAAAUUGUCAAUGACUUAGCUGUUUCUGAUUAUUAGAAUAGUGUUGUGCCUGAACAUAGUUUUAUUUUAUUUGAAAAUAAAAUAAAUGAAAAUAGUUAUAGCAAAACUGAUGAGAAUUUCUGGAGCCUUAUAUUGAUGUUCAUCAUACUAAACGUAUCUUUAAAAAAAAAAAAUUUUUUUUUCUUUCUAAGUAUUUUGCAUAGUUUUUAUUAGUAUAUAUGUUUUAUCUUUGUAUUUUAUAAAAUAAAUCAUAAUUUAACCAAAAUUAAUUUUCAAAACUUUGCUUUUAUAAGACUAUCCUUUAAUUUAAAUUUUCCAACAGUAUUUUUGUAUGAUCUAAUUCUAUCAUUAAAAAAAUGAGCUCUUUUUCAUUAAAGAAAUUACGCAGCAAGAUGAUUCAGCUUCCUAGGAAAAAGUUUCAUUGCACAAGUUAAGACAAGCUAUGCAGUAUUUAAUUGUUGAAUGAAUUUAUUCUUUAACAUAAAACAAUGAAAUCAUUUCUGUCCAUUGUCAUUCAUUUUGGUUAAACAACAGAAAAUCAUCCAUUUAUACCAACUAGCAGAAAAGAAAAUUUCUCUUUCCUUGUACAAGUGUUGUAAAAAAUUCAGAUCAGCUCUGUUGAGAAAUUAAGCCGCUUGGCAAAUUACAUGGAAUGACUGCAAGGCUAAGUGUUAAAUCAUUCCUUGAGAUAUGUUCUUUAUGAUAAAAUGGAUUAUGUAAUUUAUUAUGUGACUUUAUUUAACUGUAAAUUUUAUUUAUGUCUUCUUUUAAGCUUCUUUAUUAUUAUAAAUCUGCUAAUCAUUAAAAAUUGGACGAUAUCAUUAUAUAUUUGAUUGAAAGUUGUAUGAAAAGAAUAAAUUUUAAAUUGUUACUAUGCAAAAAUUUCUUUUGCUUAUUUGCAUAUACAGGGAUAAGAUUUUUCUAGAUUUCCGCCUUUUUCGCUUUUGUCUCUUGAAUUCCAGCCUUUUUAUCAAAUACUCCGAUUCUCUAAAAGUUUUUCGUCUUCGGAUCAUCCUCCGGGAUUUUUCCCACACCGCCGCCAAUAGCCCAUUGUGCAGCUUUAGUGUGACGCAAAUUAACAACAACAUCUCUAAAAGUUUCAGUUUUUAUUUUAAAUACUCCGCUUUUUCUGAAAAUUCAGCCGUUGAAAUAAAAUAAUUAUAUUUAUUUCCGAUUUGUUAUAUAGAUAUAAUAUAUCUAAAGAUAUAUAGAGAAUUCAAACUACGUAGCAGCCAACUCUUCAACAUUUCUACUUAUUUUAGCUUUUACUAAUUGUGCAGAAAAUGAGAUUUUCCCUCAUUUUUACCCGUCUACUAGAUAGCUUGUAUUUUCAUAAUCCAGACGCCGCUGCAUUUUAAUAUUAAACAUCGAUUUUCGUAUUUGCCUGAUUUAAAAGUUGCACAUUGCAAUUCUCAUUCACACGAUUUCAAUAUUGUCCAUUGCAAUUCUUAUUUACGAGAUUUAAAAAUCCAAUAUCGCGAUUUGUAUUGAGGCGUUUUUAAAAUUCUGUGUAAUGAUUCGUAUUAACGUGAGUUUAUCCAAUAUGGUGAUUUGUUUUUGCAGUUGUAAUAUCCAACAUUUACUUUCGUAUUUACGCUUGAUUUAAAAAUUAGGCUUUGGAUUCGUAUUCACGCCAAUUAGAAAUUAUGCAUUGUAAUUCGCGUUUAUGCGAUCUGAAAAUUAUACAUCAUGAUUUGUAUUUUCACAUUUUUGAAAUCCAAUAUAGAGUUUCAGUCAUGUGAUCUUAAUAUCGUGAUUUAUAUUCACUCGAUUUUAAAAUCCAAAAUCGCUAUUUGUAUGCACGCGAUUUUAAAAUCCUUUAUCGCAAUUCUUGUGAAAAGUUUUUUUCUUGAAUUAGUUACAAUAACGUGGCAGUUUUUCUAUCAACGAUUAUUGCUAUAUGUAGGCAUUACAACAUUAGCAAAACUGAAUGAAUAUAAUGUUACUGAUAUUUUUGCUAUAAAUCAUGUAACAUUUACUCACGUAACAUUUACUCACGUUUACUCAUCUUUUUUGCCUUUUGGCCAAUCUUAUCCCUGUAUAUAUCAUAUUUAGCCAAUUUUGUAUUUUCUUCAGUAAAAGAUGUUAUGUUUUGAAAGAAACUAAUAUUUCUGUUGGGCAUAUAUUAAUAUUUAAUGAAUUGUGGUUAAUUGUAGAACACUGACUCAAAAUGUUAAUUAUCUUACCAUAAAUUUUAAUAGAUGUUAUUGUAAAGUUAUUUUUAAUGAUUAUUAUUAUAGUUGUUUUUCGUUUACAAUUACUGUUUUAGCUUGCAAUAAUAUAAGAUCUCAAAAAUCCAAAUGAAAUGCAAUCUAUUUUGAAUUAUCAUAUUUUGCUUCAUUAUUUUCAGUUCAAAUUGAAUUAAGUUGAGUUACACUUCAAAUUUUCAUUAAAAUACUUUAUUUAUUUAAUUAUUUUUUGUGUGAUAUUUUGUGACUUACCUUCAUUCCUUGUACCAAUAAAAGAAACAUUUUACA